UGUACUUUGAACCUGUUUGUAAGUGUGUGAAUGCUGACGCGUGCGAGUUGCAAUUGUGUAUGUAAGAUGUGACGUAUGAACGGAGCUUAGAAUAAGUAAAAUAUUAUUUCAAUAAACAGUUGGUCCAACGCUCUCGAGUCUUUCACUUGUGCCCUCCUGCUACUGCUCCGUAGUCUAUAUCUCUGUGUGUCCCAUAUACCACCGUAGACAUACAGCAUAGACAUAACAUUGGUGACCCGUGAACACGAAGACAGCUCCGACUCCGGCUAAAACUAAGACAGCGAAGACUCCGACCAACGAAGGCUCCACCCAGACGACCACCGGGCUGAAAAUAUAAUGAACGAGCAGCAGCAUAACCUGAUGGGCGCCGCACCGCAAGCCUCAACAAGCGGAUUUUCGCCAGCUAUGAAGAAAGAAGAUACAGAAUUGGCAACAAUUUCCAUUGGUAGCAGAAUCCCAGAAUUUUGGAAGGAUAACCCUCGCCUGUGGUUUUAUCAAGUCGAGGCAAUUUUAGCUCCACAAAAGACAUCGGAUGCGAAUAAAUAUUUUAUGUGCGUCGCGAAGCUGAACAGGGACGCCAUUCAGCAAGUUGCAGACAUCUUGGCAAAUCCGCCGCAGCAGAAUAAAUAUGAAGCGCUGAAAAAUCGACUACUGCAAAUUUAUGAAGAAUCGGAGGCGCGGCAAGUAAGAAAAUUAAUUUCCGAAAUCGAGCUUGGUGACCAGAAACCGAGUCAGCUGCUUAGAAGAAUGAAGGAAUUAGCUAGAGGAAAAAUCGAAGACGAGACCCUGAAGAUUUUGUGGCAAGGUCACUUACCUUCUUCGGUCCAAGCGGUCCUAGCAGUGACGUCCACUAGUAAUCUAGAAGAAUUAGCAGGAAUAGCAGAUAAAAUCAUGGACACUCACCAGCCCAGUAAUAUCGGCGAAGUAGCAAGUGGUCAGCAGCAGCCAUCGUCAACCAGCUUCGAGGUAGCAGCCAUAAUAGCAGAGAUCGCGAAAAUGAAACUGAAAAUUAACCAGUUAGAAGCACAAAGAGAUGGAGUCCGGAGCAGAAGCAGGAGCAGGAGCAGGCCGACUGGGAACUAUGCAAGGGAGCGGACACAAUCGAGACCACGUCGAGCGCCAGGGAGUCCAGGUUGGCUGUGUACGUACCACUGGAAGUAUCGAGGACGAGCUUUCCGAUGCGAGCCCCCAUGCAGCUGGGAGAACAAGAGUGAAGCCCCCGUCCCGAGGCCGGAAAACUAG